AUGAUUAGCAAUAAUAAUUUAUCUGAAUUAAAGUCAGGAAAUAGUCCUAUGAAAAGUAAUUUAAAUUUAACUGAAUAAAACAAGGUUGAUGGGGCAAGUAUAUAUUAUACUUUGGACGAAUAAGUAAAUAUCCUCUUAUGGUGUAAUGAAAAGAGUAAUAUGACAAUCUUACCUUGCAAAAAUAAUUUUUUUGAAAUUGAAAAUCCUGAAUUAUAUGGACCUUUAUGGAUAUAUAUAACAUUAAUAUUUUGCUUAUAUGCUUCAGGAAAUUUAUCAUUAUAUUUAUAAGUGAAUAAACAAGAUUUCUAAUUCAAGUUUAGUUAUUUAAAAAUAGCAUUUACAUUAGUUUUAAUGUAUGCUAUUUUAGUCCCUUCUUUUGUUGCUACUUUGAUGAAAAUAUUUGGGAAUAAUGGCCUUAGCUUUUUUUAAACAUAUUGUAUUUAUGGAUAUAGUUUGUUCGUAUUUAUUCCUGUUUCAAUAUUAUCUGUUAUACCUUAUACCAUUGUUUAAAUUUGUUUAUUUUCAUAUGCAGUUCUUGCAUCAAUAUUAUUUUUAAUUAAUAACUUUUAUAAGGAAAUUAAUAAAUUAGUUUAAUAAGAAGGAUAAACUUCUAAAAAAGUUAUUGUAUUAUUUACUAUUAUUUCUUUGUAAGUUGUUACUAUGGUUUUGUAUAAAUUAUAUUUCUUUAAAUAAAUAUAUUCUUCAUCUUCUACUGAUUAAAAAAUCUUAUUCUUUUGGUAAGAAGAAGAUACUUAAUCAUAAGUAUAAAAGAAAUUUUUAGAACAUAUUCAUUUUGGAAAUCAUUGA